AUGACUGAUUUAUCAAAACCUAUUGAAAUUAGUGAAGUAAAUAUUUCACAAGUUCAAACAGGAACACCAAUGAAUAGAGGUCAAAUAAUAACCACUAGUUUUCGUGAAAAUUCAAAUGAUCAUAUAGAUCUAAAUGAAUGCCCAAUAUGUUGUAAUGGUAUUCCAUUGAAUGAAUUAAAAAAAAUGCCCUGUUGUUCAACGAAAAUUUGUUCAUUAUGUCUUUUAACUCAUACAAUAACGAAUAUUCGUAAUGGAAAAGCCAAUAUUGAAUGUCCAGCAUGUUCACAAGAUAUAAAUUCAUCAACAAUAUUAUAUAAUAGUGAAUUACCAGUAUCAAUACGUGAACGUUAUCAAGAAAUUUUAGCACGAAGUUUAUCUGAAAAACCAAAUAGUUAUAUUAAAUUAUGUCCACAUUGUAAUUUUAUAACUAUACUUGACGAAAACAAUCCAAUAAUAAAACAAGCAAAAUCUCGUCAUCCAUCAACACAAUGGAUAUGUUGUGAACAAUGUAAUAAAGAAUGGUGUUGGUCAUGUUAUGCACCAUCACAUCCUAAUAUAACAUGUCGACAAUUUAAAAAAGAUCAUAUGGAACUUGAUAUGUGGGCUAAAAUACGUCGUUUGGAUAAUAAUCAACGAAAUGCUCAACGUUGUCCGACAUGUUCAAUAUACAUUGAAAAAGUUGAUGGAUGUGAUCAUAUGUUAUGUACCAAAUGUCAAGCAAAAUUUUGUUAUCGUUGUGGAAGUAGAAUGAGAUUACCUAAUUAUAUUGGACAUGAUGCGAAAUAUUCAAUAUUCGGCUGUAAAUAUAAACUUUGGCCAAAUCGUCCAUUAUUACGUUGGUUAGUACGUGGUUCGAUUUUUGCUGGUGUUCUGCUUCUGACACCAGUUGUAUUAGCUGCACUUAUUGCUCUUGUUGCUAUUGGAAUUCCAAUUGUUCUUGUUAUUGCUUGUUUUGCUUUACCGGUAUUUGCAUGUGUUCAAUGUAAAAAACGUGCAUAG